CUAAAAAUGCAAACGCAGUCAAAUCUUUCAGGUGCACAGUGAGGCUGAGGACUGAGGGUCUCUUAUCAUCCGACGGAUAAUCAGCUGUUGGAUGAUCCUAGAGGAGCCUCUUUGUACAGGAAUACUUGCAAAAGUUACCUCGCCAGGCAGGCGGACUGAGAGCACCCAGGCAUCAUGGAGUACACAUUUAAAGCAGUAACUCAUAACCCUGGGAUUAUAAUCUGGAGAAUUGAGAAAAUGCAGCUGGUUCAAGUUCCUGAAAAAUCCCAUGGAAACUUUUAUGAAGGAGACUGCUACCUACUUCUAUCUACACAGAAGCUGAAGAGCGCUUUGUCUUAUGAUAUCCAUUACUGGAUCGGCUCACAGUCCUCUCAGGAUGAACAGGGCGCAGCGGCUGUUUAUACCGUACAGCUGGAUGAGUUUUUAGGCUCCACCCCGGUGCAGCACAGAGAGGCUCAGAACCAUGAGUCUGAUACUUUCAAGGGCUACUUCAAACAGGGAAUCAUCUAUAAGAAAGGUGGAGUUGCAACAGGCAUGAAGCACGUUGAAACCAACACAUAUGAUAUUAAGAGACUCCUUCAUGUGAAAGGAAAGAAACGAGUCACUGCCACUGAGGUGGAAAUGAGCUGGAAGAGCUUCAACGUUGGAGAUGUGUUUUUAUUGGACAUUGGCAAAACCAUUGUUCAGUGGAAUGGGCCAAAGAGUAACAGACAGGAAAAACUCAAAGGCAUGUUGCUGGCCAAAGAUAUCCGAGACAGAGAAAGAGGAGGCCGGGCCGAGGUCAGAGUGAUUGAGGGCGAUGCAGAGAGCAGCUCACCUCAGAACAUGGAGAUCUUGAACAGCGCUCUCGGAGAAAGAACCUCUGCGUUGCCGGAGGGCUCUCCUGAUCAAACAGCUGAUCAGGAACAAAAAUCUAAACUCUCCCUUUACCACGUUACAGAUGCUGAUGGUCAAAUGAAGGUGGCAGAGGUUACUGCACGACCACUGGUUCAGGACCUGCUCAACCGUGAGGACUGCUACAUCCUGGACCAAGGAGGGACGAAGAUCUUCGUGUGGAAAGGGAAAAAAGCCAACAAAGCCGAAAGACAGGCUGCCAUGUCCCGAGCUUUGGACUUCAUCAAAGCGAAAAACUACCCAAUCACUACGAAUGUGGAGACAGUGAAUGAUGGGGCAGAGUCAGCUCUGUUCAAGCAGCUCUUCCAAAAGUGGAUUGUGAGAGACCAGACUCAAGGCUUGGGAAAAGUCCACACAAGGGGGAAAAUUGCUCACGUCACACAGGAGAAAUUUGAGGCCUCUCUGAUGCACAUGAUGCCGGAGGUUGCUGCUCAGGAGAGAAUGGUGGACAAUGGCACGGGUCAAGUGGAGGUGUGGAGAAUUGAGAAUCUGGAGCUUGUGCCUGUGGAGCCUGAAUGGUACGGAUACUUCUAUGGAGGAGACUGUUACCUGAUCCUCUAUACUUAUCUGGUCAACAGCAAGAAGUGCUAUCUGCUCUAUAUUUGGCAGGGGCGUCGGGCCACUCAGGAUGAAUUGGCAGCCUCAGCCUUUCAGGCUGUGGACUUGGAUCAGAAGUACAAUGGCGAGCCAGUUCAAGUGAGAGUAACAAUGGGCAAGGAGCCAAGACACUUCAUGGCAAUAUUGUUCCAGGUCCGUGGUUCUGACACAUCCAACACAAAAACCAUCGAGGUUCCAGCCCUGGCCACCUCUCUGAACUCCAAUGAUGUGUUUUUACUGAAGAGCCAAUCAGGAAUCUAUCUGUGGUGUGGAAAGGGGUCAAGUGGAGACGAAAGAGCAAUGGGAAAGGAGGUGAGCUCUGUGAUAAGUGAUGGCUCACAGGGGGGCUCUGAAGAGAUUGUGGCAGAGGGUCAAGAGCCCGUUGAAUUCUGGGAGCUGCUUGGUGGGAAAGCUCCCUAUGCCAAUGACAAAAGACUGCAGCAGGUGGUUUUGGACCAUGAGCCCCGUCUGUUUGAAUGCUCCAAUAAGACGGGCCGUUUCAGCGUGACUGAGGUGACUCAGUUCACACAGGACGACCUCAGCGAGGACGACGUAAUGUUACUGGACACCUGGGACCAGGUGUUUCUGUGGAUUGGUGAAAAUGCCAAUGAGGUGGAGCGCAAAGAGGUAGUGGUCACAAGCCAGGAAUACCUGCGCACCCACCCGGGGGACAGAGAUCCAGAUACCCCCAUCGUCUCGAUAAAGCAGGGGUUUGAGCCGCCCACCUUUACUGGCUGGUUUGCUGCCUGGGAUCCUUUCAAAUGGAGUGGAGGAAAGAGCUAUGAAGAGCUGAAGAAGGAGCUGGGAGAUGUAGCAUCACCUGUUAUAGUUGAUACUGAGCAGAGCAGCUUGGAGAGCAACAAAACCUUCCAGUGUUUUCCACCUGACGCUUUGAUCAACAAGGUUGCCCAUGAACUGCCUGAAGGUGUGGACCCCACCCAGAAAGAGAAAUAUCUCUCUGACAGCGACUUCAUGGAUGUGUUUGGGAUCACCAAAGAUGACUUUGUGAACCUGCCACAGUGGAAACAACUGAACAUGAAGAAAGAAAAGGGGAUGUUUUAAUGACCAUUUUCACUUGGAGUAAUCCGUUUACAGUCAAUAACUGGAAUCUCUUACAUACUGAUUUUACAAUAAGGGCCCAGAUGUUGAGUGCAUUCCUAAAAGUGGAUUUGUGACAGCUUUUUUAAUUAAUGCGUUCAAGUUGUAUGAAUGGCUACAAACUGCAUUGUGAUUACAAGCUAAUUAGUAAUUAAGAUCUCAUGUAAAAUUAUUACAACUAGUUUAAGCCAUGUAAGGACUUUCACAUUAAGGAGUCCAUUCUGCCAUCUGGUGGACAGACAAUGCAACAACAUGCUCCUGUUAUGUGAUUUAAACACUUCCUUCAAAUGGAUUAAAGUAAACACAAAUGACA